UAUCGUUUUCAUAGAAGAAAACGAUGAAUGUGCAUGACCGCUAUGCUCCCCCCUCUGGUGUUGCCAAAACCGUGCUGAUAGGAGGAUCUGCUAAAACAGGGGAGUGGCUUAUCUUCUCACCAACCCAUUCUCUUUUGGAACGUUGUUAAUGUUUCAUCUGACCAGUAAUUCCGUUCAUUUCGGAAAUGACUCUGCUCCCAACAGUCAGUCAUCAUCACUCUUCUACCAGCAACUCUACAAGAAAACAGAUGUUGCAUUGUUUUCGCAAAAAUCCAGAGAUGAAGGCGGUUCAGCCCCGAUUGAACAAAAAAUCGACCCAGAGCCCAAGAAGAAAAGGCAGUUGUGUUCCCUUGUUUCACCUAAAUUGAUUGGCUGGACAAAUAUAUCUGCCGAAGCGAUUCUCAAAGAAAAAGAUGACGUCGUGGAGCGCACGAUGGCGGAAAGUGGAGUUGAACCUGGUGGGAAAUACCAAACAAAAGAAUGCCAAUCACGAAGUAAAAUCGCCAUUGUCGUGCCGUUACGAAACAGAACUGAACAUUUGCAAGUUUUCUUGCGUUACAUGCAUCCUUUUCUACAACGGCAGCAACUCGAUUAUGCAAUUAUCGUCGCAGAACAAACUGAGGGUUCAUUAUUCAACCGAGGGGCGUUGAUGAACGUUGGAUUCAAAGAGGCACAAUUACUAGACAAUUUCCAGUGUUUCUUCUUUCACGAUGUCGAUAAUUUGCCAGAGAAUGAUGGCAAUCCGUACAGUUGUCCUGAAGAUGGAAAGCCUCGUCAUAUGACCUUUUCCCUAAGUAGAUGGAAUAACUACAAGCCAUUUCCAGGUUGGUACUUUGGAGGAGUAACUGCUUUAACAGCCAAUGAUUUUCGAAAAAUCAAUGGUUUCUCUAACGUUUAUUGGGGUUGGGGUGGUGAAGAUGACGAUUUACUACGACGCAUCAGGUUCCACAAAAUGACGCCAACGAGGGCAAUGGAUGGGUAUCCAUCCCUUAUUGAGAUGGCUCGUUACAAGACCCUAACUCACAAGAAAGCCGAACCCAGCCCUAUUCGACACAAACUGCUUCGCGAAGGCACUAAACGUCUCAAGUCUGACGGUUUGAAAGAUCUUACAUACAAAAAACUUGCUCUUGAGCUUAAACCACUUUAUACCAAAGUUCUUGUUGAACUUCAACAGCCUGCAAAUCGCAAAGCCCCUGGGCAACAUUGAAUCUUUGUUCUCUUAUCUAUUCUGCAUACGUCUGUCCAACUCAUAUUUCUUUUAACGUUAACAAACAUAUUUAAUUAAAAGGAAGGAAAGAAAAUCGGACACUAGAUGUCCCGAUUGAUGUCUCAUCUUGUCAAGCACAUACUUUCGGCGUGCCUUUGUGAUUUCAUGGAGGUCAGUCGACCGGUUUCGUACCAUUUCGUGUCAUCGUCCUCGUCCAUCUCGUGUUUAAAACUCGUCAUAACGUGACCGUUUGCACGUAGGUUUUAAAAAUGAAACUCAGAUGGGAAAAUUUCGAGAAUAUAACCUAAACUCGAGACGUUCAAAGCAAAUGACCAUAGCAAUGUUCAAUUUUGUCCGUUUUUACAAUUAAUUGUACCACAAUUUGUCGAUUCAUGAUUUUGAAAAUAAAAAUUACAGUAUAAAAAAACUAACAAAUAAA